UUCACUGUUGCAGGUUUCGAUCAAGUUUCGAUGCCGUUUGUAAUUAGUAAUUAUAUUUCAUUGGAAAUUAAUAAUUUAAUGAAAGUAAAAUAAAUUUAUAUUAUAAUUCUCAUCCUGAACAUUUAUAAUGAACUUAGAGUUGCUUGAAUCUUUCGGUCAAAACUAUCCUGAGGAAUUCGAUGGAACAUUGGACUCAAUAUCCUUGGCGUCUACUUGCGCCUUCAAUAGACGUGGAACGCUACUGGCUGUGGGCUGCAAUGAUGGCAGAGUAUUUAUAUGGGAUUUCUUGACUCGGGGUAUCGCUAAGUCCAUAUCUGCUCAUGUUUAUCCUGUCUGCAGUCUUAGUUGGUCUAGAAAUUGUAAAAAGCUUCUAUCUGCCUCUACAGACCACAAUGUGUGUAUUUGGGAUGUUCUAUCUGGUGAAUGUGAACAGCGAUACAGGUUUCCUACACCUAUACUGCGGGUCCAGUUUGAUCCAAGACGAGACAAAAGAUUUCUAGUCUGUCCUACUAGACACGCAGCUUUAUUAGUUGACUAUGAGGGAGAACAUAAAAUUUUACCAAUUGAUGAAGAUGGUGAUGUAAAUGUAAUAGCUUCAUUUGACCGCAGAGGAGACCAUGUUUAUACAGGAAAUGCCAAAGGCAAAAUAUUAAUUUUGGACUCUCAGACUUUGACAAUAAAGGCUAGUUUUAAAAUAACUGUUGGUACUUCCAGCACCACAAGCAUCAAAAGUAUUGAAUUUGCCAGAAGAGGAGAUUGUUUUCUAGUAAAUACAUCAGACAGAGUAAUCAGAGUUUAUGACACAAAGACAGUUCUCAAAUGCGGUAUCAAUGGGGAACCAGAACCUAUACAGAAACUACAGGAUCUUGUGAACAAAACAACAUGGAAGAAGUGUUGUUUCUCUGGUGACGGGGAGUACAUCUGCGCGGGCUCAGCUCGACAGCAUGCACUCUACAUUUGGGAGAAGUCCAUCGGGAACAUUGUGAAGAUCCUGCACGGGACUAAGGGUGAACUGUUGCUGGAUGUUGUUUGGCAUCCCAUCAGGCCGAUCAUCGCUAGUAUAAGUGCUGGUGUAGUGUCCAUCUGGGCCCAGAACCAAGUAGAGAACUGGUCAGCUUUCGCCCCAGAUUUCAAGGAAUUGGACGAGAAUGUAGAAUAUGAGGAAAGAGAGAGUGAGUUUGACGUAGAAGAUGAAGACCGCUCCGUAGACCAGGCUGGGGAGAGCCACGACGAUGAGGAAGUCGAGGUUGACGUGACGACGUGCGAGCCAGUGGCAGCUUUCUGCAGCUCCGACGAGGAAGGAGAGGAUGAGAACGUGUUGUCGUUCCUGCCAAUAGCGCCCGAAAUUGAGGACCCUGAGGAUGGCUGGGCUGCCACGCAAGAAACCGUGACACCAACCGAGACGCCUGAGAAGUUGGAGCCGGCGGCCAAGAGGUCUAAAUGCAAGACCUACGAUAUCCCUCUAAAAAUAGCGCCGCCUGAACAACCGUUGUCUUUCGGCGGAAAAAACAAGCAAGCAGCAGGCAGCAAGAAAGUGGCUGGAAGACCGCGAAAAUAAUAAAUCAAUUUUAUUUAAAGAUGUGUUUGUGAUUUCUUAGUUAAAUUGAAACAAAGAUUUGUA